CCUGUACACACGCUUCCCAAUCGGGUGCGGCUUCGUGGCGAACGUGUUACUCCUUUUCCCAGCACAUGCUUCUCCAUAGAUUCAAGCCGAAAUGUGUGAAAAGCAUAUUUAAACACAGCUAGAUAUCGUGAUAAACAAACAGGCACAACAAGCGGCGAAACAAGGCCUGGCCUUGGUUUCGCGCGCGCUGUGUACCACGAGCUUGCUGAGUUUCCUUGGAUACAGGCAACAUGCGUCACCUAAGAACAGGACGCACUACCGGCAGUGCAACGCCUGCUGCGUCGGAAGCAGGAGAUGCUGAGCGCCUCAGCUUGGGCAUGGACGAUGAAGUCGCCACAAGCGGCAUCCAUCGCAUGUUUGACAGGGUCAAGUUGCGCACCAGCCUCAGCGGCAACCACCUGCGCAACGCCAACGCGCAGCAGCAGCAGCAGCAGCACGCAGCCGCGGCACGCGCCACCGGCUGCCGCCUGUGGAUGAACCGCCUACACCGCCGCUGGCAGUCCACGAGCUCCGUGCUCCGUGCCCGGCCCAUGCUCCUCGUGCUCACCUUCCUGCUCUUCGCCAUUAUGACUACCCUGGGGAUUGUGGGCAUUGAAGUCGCUGCGCGCUACGCCGAGGACAACGCACGCAACACCGCGCGCACCGGCGUGGGGCAGGAGGUGGCCCUGGGCGUGGCACAAGACCUACUCAUCACCACCUUCGGUGCAGAAGCUCUGGCCACUUUCAUUGCCCAGUACCCCAACUGCACGAUAAUAGACAUGCAGUUUCUGGACAUGGCGAAAGGCAUCAUGGACCGGACGCGCAAGCAGCAGCCCAACAAGUGGAUUGUGAAACAGCUUGAGAUUGAUCAGGCUGGUGUCAUCUGGCGCACGUACCCGGUCCUGACGGGCGCGCUGGCGGCCUCGCUGUACGGCCGCGAUAUGCUGCGGCUGGAGAAGGACCGCCCCAACAUGUUGUACAGCAUCGAGCAGGGCGGUGUGCACAUCCAAGGGCCGUAUGGAUGCAAGGAGGGCUUCCAGUGCGCCUACACCAUUCUGCCCAUCUUCCUGCCGGCCCCGCGGGAGGGCUACGACUGGGGCUGCUCAUACACGCCGUACAACUGCUCGGAGCCGUGCUGGAACGCCACCAGUGGCAUGAAGUAUUGGGGCCAGGUAUCCACCAUGAUCAAUCUGGAUGAACUGCUCAAGGGGCCGGACAGCAGGCUGCACAUGCUGGAGCACCGCGGGUACCUGUACAAGCUGCGGCAGCUGCGCACCUCCGUUUCUAACUCGGCUCGCACGCUGGGAAACACUACGCGGCUGCCGGAAACGCCCGAGGUGCUGCCCAUCAACGUUUACAACUUGCAGUGGCUGCUGGAGCUGGCACCCGUGGACGGCUGGGUGCCAGCGUGGCAUGACCCUUGCAUUGCUGCGGUGGUGGUGGGAUCCUUCCUCGUGUCGCUGUUGGUGCUGUGGCUGCUGGUGACGCGCGCGCAGCACGACCGGCUGCUGCGGGCCAUGCUCCCAGACAAGGUCAUCCAGCAGCUGCAGGACGGCGAGUCGGACAUCGUGCAGCAGUUCAGCACAGUCACCAUUCUGUUCAGUGACAUUGUCGGGUACACCAGCAUUUCGUCCGAGCUGACGCCGCUGCAGGUGGUCAGUUUGCUCAACGACCUCUUCUCCAGCUUUGACGAACUGACGCAGAAGAACAACGUGUACAAGGUGGAGACCAUCGGCGAUGCACUCAUGUGUGUCUCGGGCUGCCCCAAAGAGGAGGAGCCGCGCGAGGCGGCGGCGCGAAUGGCCCGCAUGGCCCAAGACAUGAUCCAUUGCGUCGCCAACUUCAAGUGCCCCAUCCCCGGGGUGAAGCUGAAGAUCCGCAUCGGCCUGCACAGCGGCCCGGUGGUGGCGGGAGUGGUGGGCACGCGCAUGCCGCGAUACUGCCUGUUCGGGGACACUGUCAACACGGCGAGUCGCAUGGAGAGCACGAGCCUGCCCAUGAAGAUCCAGAUCAGUGAGGCAACAGCCAAGCUGCUGACGAGCAAGCCUGAGUUUGAGCUGGCUGCCCGCGGCGAGGUCUCCGUCAAGGGCAAAGGCAUCAUGAACACCUACUGGCUGGACAGCGGAUACCUCCCGCCGCCCGACGACGACCCCACUGAGGUGGCGGCCGCCGCAGCCGCCGCUCUUGCGGCGCGCACCGCCGGCGGCGGCAGCUCCACUGGCGCGCGACUCGCGGGCCUCCACCACAGCCUCUUGUCCAGCCUGCCGCCUCGCAUGCGUUCGUGGCUGCACCUGUCGCACCUGCCGCCGCCGUCACCGCAGCCGCCGCCGCCGCCCCCAGUCGAGGGGACCACGGUCGCCCGAGAGCGAUAUUCGGCUGGUGGCAGCAACAAGUCGCGCUUUGCCAACUUCUCUGCCACGAAUGUUGUCGGGCCCAAUAGCGGCAACUCCAACUUUGACCAGCUUUCCAUGGGGUCCACCGCCCAUGCUCUGGAUUCCGCGGCCAUGGUGGUUUCUGCUAGCCUGGCCCUUCAACAGCAACAGCAGCAGACAGAGCAGCAGCAGCGGGACGCGGCGGCUGGUAGCGCGGCCGUCAAGGACCUGUGUGUGUCGGCUCUGGUGGACGUCGAGACAGGCGGCACGGCGCUCAGCGGUUAUCCAGUCACCGGCACCGUUUCACGCUGUCCCACCACGGCCAGUGGCCACGGCAGAAUACUGGAGCCGCCGCCACGGGUGCACUUGGUGUUGGACGCGGGGGGCGCUGAGGCCGUGACGGGGGCGGCGGCGGGGCCGGGCGCCGGACAGGGGCCGUGCAUGGUGGCGGAGUCAUCUUCGCCCGCUUCUGCGCUGCCGUCCAUCACGGCCACGACGACUCAGGAGGACAGCGGCAAUGACUGGCCAUCGGGCCGCACACCCGGCACCCCAACGGCGGCGGCUCUGGAGUGAAGGGCGGGUCGACAGCAGCGGGUUAGUGCCUGCACAGCAGCCGGGCAGCGUAGCAGCGCCCCGCACGAGAGCUCGUCACGCGAUAGCGGGUGACCCGGCAUAGCGUGUGCAGAGUGGGUGUUGGGGCGCGUGUCGUAAGGGUUUUGGCGUCACGGUUUUUGAGACACGAACGGACUGCGUCUGGCGUCCUGUGAGAGCGUUUCCUGGCCAGUAACGGGCAUUGUAAUAAGCCCGGGCACAUGGGAGGCACGCCAGCACACGGUAUAGCGUGGCAAGCUCAAGGGUUUGGACCCUGCUCAUGUUCGGUUACUAUGUGGCUUUCUCAAACCGGGGGUGCAUGUGCACGGAGAGAUGGGGUGAUGGGGGUCUCAAAAUGGCUGCGCGUCAGUGACUGCGACAUGUGCAUAUGCAUCUUUAUGUUCCGACUUUCUUAUGCUUGUUACCAGGCGUUAUAGACACGCCGUGCGUGCGUGGCUACGUCUUCGGGCUGCCCUAAGUACUGACAGGAUAGCUUUACAUCCGUUCCACAUGUGUGAAAGGCAUCACCCUGCCUACUUAUAGUUGGGGGGGGGGGGGUGACUUGAAACCUUGCUUUGACUGGGGGGGCUGUGCCGUAACCUCCUGCAUUCUUUCAAUCAGGGACAGGGUCGUGCUUCCUCUCCCGUUACGAUUUAUGAAUGGGCGAGUUUAUUGCUGGAUGGGCCGCAGCACAGUCAGAAUGUCACAGAUCUGAGGGCUACGGUAGACGGCUUCGUUGUCUGCGGGGGGUGCGCUCCAGGCAGGUCAUUGCGCUUCUCGUUGAAACUUGUUAAUUGUCUUUACAAAGCGGCGGCGGUGUGAUGCUGAGCUCUCUCAUUGGCGACGGCAGGAGGAGGCCUUCCGCAGUGGAUCAAGCGGGAGGCCCCUCACGUUCGUUGGUGCAGUUUCGGAGUAUUUUUAGUAAUCAGGGGAGCUUCACACAUGCCCUGUAUUUUCACUAUCAGGUAUGUUUAAGGAGGCCUCGCACAUGCUGCGGGGGGGCGGAGAUGCAUUGCGGCGCUGCUGGAGAGUGACAAUGGGUCGUCGACACCGAACCCUAAGAUCGGGGGUGCCUUAGAUGCACAGGGUUUGACGGCAGGCACGCGUGCUGAUGCACCAUGGGUCAGGAGAGGCUUGGGGACACUGAUUCUGCAGUUCGCAAUUUUUAGUUUAUUUUCGUUAACUGAUGGGUUCAACCUGUGAUAGCUUGGAGCUAAUUGGUCCCUCCCACCUGGCUGCCGUGACGCCUGGUUCCUUAGUGCUGAGACUGCUGACGUCCUGACGUACUGUCUUGCAACGCAAUUCCAGGGGGGCGAUGGGUGCAAUGCCAGGGGUCAGAGGGGUGGCCAACAUGCCCCUUGAUGCAAUUCCGGUGAUGAGACUCUUGAGAGCCUGCGGUCCGUUGGACCGUCACGUCAUUACAGCAGUGUUACUGCCGCACGUGCUAGGCGAGCGCUCCUCGGCUGCUCCUGUCACUGUUGGCUUCUGGGGCGAGAAGGCGCCCCUGGUGUAAACUCG